UCUGUGUAAAGAUAAAGUUCAGCACAGAGAAGUUUUUCUUCUUUGCAGCUAGGCUUUUGGGGCGAGGGCAGCAUAGAUUAAACCAGGAAGUCUUACCAAAAUGGAUCCGUUUUUGUCUCUGCUGCAUUCGUUUUCCAUGAACUUAUCGGACACUGAGCUCUCUGCCCUUAAAUUUCUGUGCCGGGACAAAAUUGGCAAAAGGAAGCUUGAGUCUGUCAAAACUGGCAAUGAUCUCUUCACCAUUCUCCUGGAUCAACGGGAGAUUGCAAGAGAAAAGGUAGAUUUUCUCCAGGUCAUGAUCAAAUCCAUUAAAAGAGAAGAUCUGCUCAUGCAAUUAGAGGAGUUCAUGGAAGGGGGACACGGUGAUGCUGUCAACCAUCUAGAUGAGAAAGAAAAAUAUCAGCAGAAAAUAGCUUUUGAAGUUAUAUGUGACAACAUUGGAAAGAACUGGAAAAUGCUAAUUCGAAAAUUAGGAAUUUCGGAUACAAAAAUUGACAGAAUUCUAACAGCAAAUCCUUAUAACUUGCAAGAACAAUUGAUGCAGUCGCUCCGAGAGUGGCAGAAAUGGAAAGGAAAGGAAGCUAAGGUUGCUGACUUAAUAAAAGCCCUUCGGGAUUGCAAAAUGAACUUGGUAGCAGACAAAAUUGAAGACGAACUUUUACAACCGCGGAACUAAAACAAAAUGAAAUUCAGUACAAUAUAUUAAAUGUAACAUUAAAACCGAAAGCUUAAAUGAAAA